AUGUGGACCCUCCCCCGAUGUGGACCCUCCCCCGAUGUGGACCCUCCCCCGAUGUGGACCCUCCCUCAAUGUGGACCCUCCUUCAAUGUGGACCCUCCCUCGAUGUGGACCCUCCCUCGAUGUGGACCCUCCCUCAAUGUGGACCCUCCCCCGAUGUGGACCCUCCCCCGAUGUGGACCCUCCCCCGAUGUGGACCCUCCCUCGAUGUGGACCCUCCCCCGAUGUGGACCCUCCCCCAAUGUGGACCCUCCCCCGAUGUGGACCCUCCCCCGAUGUGGACCCUCCCCCGAUGUGGACCCUCCCUCGAUGUGGACCCUCCCUCGAUGUGGACCCUCCCUCAAUGUGGACCCUCCCCCGAUGUGGACCCUCCCUCAAUGUGGACCCUCCUUCGAUGUGGACCCUCCCUCGAUGUGGACCCUCCCCCGAUGUGGACCCUCCCUCGAUGUGGACCCUCCCUCGAUGUGGACCCUCCCUCAAUGUGGACCCUCCCCCGAUGUGGACCCUCCCCCGAUGUGGAACCUCCCUCAAUGUGGACCCUCCCCCGAUGUGGACCCUCCCUCAAUGUGGACCCUCCCUCAAUGUGGACCCUCCCUCGAUGUGGACCCUCCCUCAAUGUGGACCCUCCCCCGAUGUGGAACCUCCCUCAAUGUGGACCCUCCCCCGAUGUGGACCCUCCCUCAAUGUGGACCCUCCCUCAAUGUGGACCCUCCCCCGAUGUGGACCCUCCCCCGAUGUGGACCCUCCCCCGAUGUGGACCCUCCCCCGAUGUGGACCCUCCUUCGAUGUGGACCCUCCCCCAAUGUGGACCCUCCUUCGAUGUGGACCCUCCCCCGAUGUGGACCCUCCUUCGAUGUGGACCCUCCCUCAAUGUGGACCCUCCCCCGAUGUGGACCCUCCCCCGAUGUGGACCCUCCUUCGAUGUGGACCCUCCCUCAAUGUGGACCCUCCCCCGAUGUGGACCCUCCCCCGAUGUGGACCCUCCCCCGAUGUGGACCCUCCUUCGAUGUGGACCCUCCCUCGAUGUGGACCCUCCCUCGAUGUGGACCCUCCCUCGAUGUGGACCCUCCCUCGAUGUGGACCCUCCCCCGAUGUGGACCCUCCCUCGAUGUGGACCCUCCCCCGAUGUGGACCCUCCCUCGAUGUGGACCCUCCCCCGAUGUGGACCCUCCCUCGAUGUGGACCCUCCUUCGAUGUGGACCCUCCCUCAAUGUGGACCCUCCCCCGAUGUGA